CAGCGUCUGCUGAAAUAGGGGAGUGCGAACUGGAGCUGCUUUGGAACAAUCUGCAGCAGCGAUACGUUGCGCCACAUCACGUGACGCCCAGGCUACGAGGGCGCCCUGCCACUAGGAAGGGCCUCCGCUAUGCCACGAUGCCAUCUGGUCACUGGGUGGUAACCUAGGGCUGGAGGUCACCUGCGUCUGUUGAUGCACAUCCUUUAAUGCCGGAGAAAGACUCCAGAAUCGACAGCCCUGCAGUGGAGAGAUUUAUUGCUUUUCUUUUAUGCAAUCAAGUCAGAGUUCGAUCUGAACACGGAGAGAAACAGAGUGUGCCUGCAGCCAGCCCACAGGAGCAGUCAGCCCCGGGCACUCGAAGGAGAACAGAGGCUUCCCUCACUCAAGUUGCUGUCUCCUGACAGCUGAACGUUCUAGAAGCAACCUCUAAGGAGGGAAUGAAUUUGAAAAGAAUGCUGUUACUGGUUUUAUUUGUUUUUUCACUGAUGUUGAAAGAAAGGGAUUGCCAAGUAGAAGAGCUUCAGCUCUCAGACUGGUUUCAACCUAGAAAACGCCCCGAUGUCAUAACGAAAAGGAACUGGCUCGCUCCCGUCCUAUGGGAAGGGACUUUUGACAGGCGGGUUCUGGAAAAACAUUACAGACGGCGGAAUAUCACCGUGGGCCUGGCCGUCUUUGCUACUGGCAGGUUUGCAGAGGAGAACCUGAGGCCAUUCUUACACUUCGCAAAUAAGCACUUCAUGACGGGCUACCGAGUGAUCUUCUAGGUCAUGGUCGACGCCUUCUUCAAGCUGCCCCACAUACAGCCCAAUCCUCUUUGAACGUUCAAAGUGUUUAAAGUGGGCACCGGGAGGGCGCCCGUGCAGAGCCUGGGUGAACACAUCAUCAGUCACAUCCAGGACGAGGUGGACUUUCUCUUCAGCAUGGCUGCCAACCAGGUCUUCCAGAGCGAGUUCGGGGUGGAGACCCUGGGCCCGAUGGUGGCCCAGCUCCAUGCCUGGUGGUAUUUCAGGAACACCAAGAACUUCCCUUAUGAGAGAAGGCCGGCCUCAGCAGCUUGCAUCCCGUUUGGACAGGGGGCUUUCUAUUACGGCAGCUUGAUGGUUGGUGGCACGCCCCAUAAUAUUUUAGAUCUCAUCGAAAAUUAUCUGAAUGGAGUUAUCCAUGACAUCAAAAAUGGACUCCAUAGCACCUAUGAAAAGCACCUCAACAAGUAUUUUUACCUAAAUAAACCCUCCAAGCUGUUAUCACCAGAAUACAGUUGGGAUCUUGCAUUUUCUCCUCCUCCAUAGAUACAGCAUGUGAAGGUGGUGCAUGAUUCCCACAGGAAAUCAUGAUUAUGCCGUUAGGUUUAUGAUGAAUAAAUGAAUCGCAGCAAUUUCUUAUAAAUGUGGAACUUCUUAAAAACUUGCAUUUUUUAGAGACGUAAACAUUUACAUCCUUCCAAAAUAAAUGUUUCCUCUUGCCAUUUUGAGCUAUCUUAUUUGGCUAAUAUAGAAUAAAGAAUAUAAGGCUCAUUACUUAAUGUUAACACACAGUGAUAUUAUUAGCUACGUGUUGUAGAUAAUGCGGAAAUACUUUUGACAUAGAAUGAAUUGUUUUUAAUGAAGAAAUACUCUAGUUCAGAAAAAAUAUUCACAAAAUGGAAAAGUUGUACAUGCAAAGGAGAAAAAUAAGUUUCAGGCCACUCAUUAAGUAUUCAUUGUGUUUUUCCACACUGGGAUACACGUGGCUGUGGUCAACCCCUCUGUCUGUCCAGUGUGUGAGAGUCAACACAGGUGAGCUGGAGGAAUCUGGUCAAAGCCACGUCUUACUUUUAUGAUUCCAAAGCAAGAUAUUCAAUUUGUUCUGUUAAAAAGCUGUAGGUGGCCGGGCGCGGUGGCUCAAGCCUGUAAUCCCAGCACUUGGGGAGGCCGAGGCGGGUGGAUCAGGAGGUCAAGAGAUUGAGACCAUCCUGAUCAACAUGGUGAAACCCCGUCUCUACUAAAAAUACAAAAAAUUAGCUGGGCAUGGUGGUGCGUGCCUGUAAUCCCAGCUACUCAGGAGGCUGAGGCAGGAGAAUUGCCUGAACCCAGGAGGCGGAGGUUGCGGUGAGCUGAGAUCGCGCCAUUGCACUCCAGCCUGGGUAACAAGAGCGAAACUCUGUCUCAAAAAAAAAAAAAAAAAGGCUGUAGGUAUUUUAUUUUUUAAAGAAGAUAUUUGUUGAGCUCAGUGGUAAAGGUGCUCUGCCAGAUGCAGACAGGGAUAGAAAGGAGUUUGGAACACCUGUGCUGUGUCCCUGGCAGCCUGCAGUCUGGCAGGGGUUGAGGCCGUGUGCUAAGAGCACAUAUUCCAAGUGCUAAAAGUGACAAGGAAGAUGCUCACCUGAGCUCUGUGGUGGGCAGGGAGCCAGCACCUCCACGAGAUGCUUUGUGUGGCCACAGGGGGGAGUGCUCCUAACUCCAUGAGCAGGUGCAGCUGGGAACAGCUUUGGCAAGUGUUAUGGCAGGACUCACAUCCCACCCCAUGACUAUGCUGAAGUGUUGGGGUUCACUCGGGGUGGCUGGCAACAUAUUAGGGAAAUAUUAGGGAAAGUUAGAAGAUUAUAGUCUCAAACCUUUUGGAAGGCUGAAAGGUUUUAAUGGAAUGGGCUGAAGGCACCCAGUUCAUUACCUUAGAACUUUAAGUCAUAGGGUAAAAGAUUAGGGACAAUGAAAGCUUCCCCAGUUAAGUUUGUUUACCCCACAUUCCUUUGUCUCUGCUCUAAUUUGUUUGCUCAUGUAAACUUUGCGCUGGAUGGUCCUCUCAGGGGGAGGUCAAAGGGGAAUUACCCGUUAAUGGUGUUUACUCUGAGUCCUGGUACCUAAAGCUUUUAUCAUUCGUAAAACCACUCUUUUAACCAUGUUAAUUAUGCACAAGCGUGUUGACUUAGAAUCUCUGUUAUUAAAUCUAUCCUGAGUAAAUGUGAGGAGGUACAGGGAGUUGUGGUUGGUUGGCUGCACUUGGCCUCUGAAAGCAGCUGACGACCAUCCCUAGCCCACUCGGAUUAGUGCGUGUGAGUCCACUCGUUCAUCCGUCAUCGAGUCAGGGUCUGCAGGACAGACCUCUGCAGGUGGAGACUGAUGUCUCAGGUGGUGACCCCAACGUGAUCGAGGUCUCACUGAAGUCCUAACUCCAUACCUCAGAAUGAGACUGUGUCUGGAGAUAGGGCUGUUAAAGAAGUCAUUAAGGUAAAAUGAGGCAUUAAGGUGGGCCCUAAUCCCACAGGACCUGCUGGCGUCCUUAUAAGAAGAAGUGAGGACACAGACACACAGAGGGGCCACCAUGAGGACACAGGGAGAAGAGGCGUCUGCAAGCUGAGGGUGGAGGCCUCGGGAGGAGCCAGCCCUUCAACACCUCGAUCUUGAACUUCCAGCCUCCAGGACUCUGAGGAUGCACAUUGUUGUUGCUGAGGCUGCCCAGCCCAGCCCAUCAUACUCUGUUAAUGGUGGCCUGAGCAAACGGAUCCAGCAGGUGUCCCAAAAAUAAUGGCAGCUCGGACACUCGAUUGCAAGGCGCGCUGGCCACCACUUCCUGGGAUGGAAGACUAUGGGAAGUAGAAAAGUUCCUCUUCAAAGUGUCCUUUCUUGUUAGAGAAUGAAUCAUAAGUGUGCUAUUAACUCUUUGUGAAGCCCUAUCCUAUGUAGCUGUUAGACAUGCCAUGCUUACAGGCAUGUAGUACAUUGUAUGUCCUUGUACUUUAACCAAGAUAUCUGUGCUGGACGUGCUCACAGGCAUGUCCCAGCUCCCCACUGCUUUUUCCUGUUUAGAAAAGUUUUAAGUUGGUAGCCAAUCGGGUUUUAGUUUAGAUUGUGAGGUCCGGCUCCAGCCAAUGGAGAUCAGACACAGCAGUGAGGACGACCCCACAUGCGUAAGGGAUAAAUUUGUGUGUUUUCCUUUGUUCACUAUAUACUCUCUGGCAAGAUGGCUAGUGAGGGUGCCCUUCCUGCAGUCCAGGAAGUAAAAGUUGCACUGCUGAGA